AUCAUCCUCAUAACCUUGCUAACAAUCCUCUUCUUCUUCCUCCACAGGCGCAAAACCGUUGCCGCUACAAAGCUCCCGCCACGCCCACCAGGCCUCCCACUACUGGGAAACCUCCACCAACUCGGCUCACUUCCUCACCAAUCCCUCAACUCCCUUUCUAAAAGAUAUGGCCCUCUCAUCCUUCUCCAACUAGGCGUCGUGGCCCCCACCGUCGUCGUCUCCUCCGCAGAAAUUGCCGAGCAAGUUAUGAAGACACAGGACCUCAUCUUUGCAAGCCGUCCGCCAUCAUCCUUGGCCAACCAUCUCAUCUACAAUAGCAUGGACAUCGCCUUCUCGCCGUACAAUGACUAUUGGAGGAAGAUGAAGAAGAUAUGCAUCGUCCACCUACUGAGUAGCAGGCGCGUGCAAUCAUACAGGCGUGUGAGGGAGGAGGAGGUGGCUCUUCUAAUUGCAGACAUUCGAGCCGCUUCGGUGGCGGCGGAGGCGGUGAACUUGAGCAAGAGGUUGGUUACUCUCACUAAUGAUAUCAUAUGCAGGGCGGCGUUGGGGAGGAAGUAUUCAGGGGAGACGAGAUUUCGAGAGAUGUUGAAUGAGUUUGUCAGAUUGUUGGGGUGCUUUCCACUGGCAGAUUUUGUUCCUUGGUUGGGUUGGAUUGAUGUGCUGACUGGGUUGGAUGGGAGAGCGAGGAGAACUUCUAAGCAGCUGGAUGAGUUUUUAGAGCAGGUUCUGGAGGAGCAUCUCAGUAGACGAGAGAGUUCAAAUUCUAUUGACAUUGAGACAGAUGAGGAUUGUGCAGACUUCGUGGACGUGCUGUUAUCCAUUAAAGAAGAACAUGAUGGCCUCGACAAAGAGCAUAUCAAAGCUCUAAUUCUGGACAUGUUUGCUGCUGGCACAGACACAACUGUAACCGCUUUAGAAUGGGCCAUGGCAGAGCUCAUCAAGCAUCCAAUAUUGAUGCAAGAGGUUCAGAGGGAGAUAAGAGAAGUUGCUGGAUCUAAAGAAGUUAUUGAAGAGGAAGACAUUGACAGAUUGACUUACCUUAAAGCAACUAUCAAAGAGACACUACGAUUGCACGUUCCAAUUGCUUUACUAGUUCCCAGAGUUGCGAUGGAAGAUACUCAAUUGCAAGGCUAUGACAUUCCAGCUGGAACAAGAAUCUUGAUCAAUGCAUGGGCAAUUGCAAGAGAUCCCGAAAACUGGGAUAAGCCAGAUGAAUUUUGGCCUGAGAGAUUCAUGAAUAACAACAUUGAUUUUAGAGGACAACACUUCCACCUUACACCAUUUGGAGCUGGACGAAGAGCUUGCCCAGGGAUAGGCUUCGCUAUUGCUGUUAUAGAAUGCACGCUUGCAAACUUGUUGCACCAUUUUAACUGGGAGGUGCCAGAAGAAACGAAAGAGGAGGUGCUGGAUAUGAGUGAAUCACCAGGAAUAUCAAUUCACAAAAAGUCUGCACUUCUUCUUACAGCGAAAUUGCGUUCUGUAUAGCUUGUCACACCAGUUUGAAUAGACGGUAAUUGAAAAGAUGAAUUAUUAGUGAUUGGAUAUGAGUGAAUCAUCAGGGAAUAACAAAUCGCAUGUCAACACUUAUUUGAACAAAAUAGAUAUUAUUUAUGCCUGCAAGACUUAUCUUUAAACCCCAUCAGGGUGAGUCUCAAAUAGUAUAGUUGGUCAACA